UUUCCCCGUUACAAGCACUUCCCAAGGAAAGGUCAAUUACAAAACACCAAAAUCAUGGCAAACAGUCUUGUAAAAAGGAUCUGGGGCACUGCCGUAUCUAAAACUGAUGAUAAACGAUUACCAGUUAUUGACAUGGAGAAGAAUCUCGAAUCUUUGAAACCAUCAGACAAAUACUAUUAUAAGAAAUUUAACCGUUUAAAUAAAGAGAGAUGGGAAGUUCACACAGCACACAGAAAAUCACAUAACAAGUUUGCAACGGUGCUGGCAAUAUUUUCAGUUGGAAUUUAUUUUUAUACCUUGUUUGCUGUGAGACAGGAAAAGUUUUUGGAUGAAGGAUUUGAUGAGGUUCCAGACAAUGCUGUAAAGAACACUUAAGGAUGAUAAACUCUGAUAGUGCAUGGAUGUGGAAAGGAGAAUAUAUGUUAUUGUUGAAAGUUUGAACAUGAUCAUGAUAAAUGUGAAUUCCAAUGGUUACACUGACAAGUUUUCAUGAUGUGGACAAUGUUUUUUUCAAACCAGAAUAUUCCAUGGAAUAAAAUCUGUGUUUUCAUGGUUAUCGUCCAUUCUGAUGAGUAGAAUCUGCAUUAUAGAAUAAUCAAUAUAUUUGUUGUAAAAAAACAGCAAUUAAUAUGUUUAUUGCUUUUAUUUUUGCAAAUGUUGGUUGAUAAUAAUUAAAUUCUGAAAUUGAGUAAGUAACAUAAACUUUUGGACUGUUACAGUCUGUAGAUCUACAUGCUCAAAGGUAGUAUAAUUAAUGUGAAAUACUUUUUCUAUUCAGUUGGGAUUUUGUUUUUUACGAUAUGUAAAUUUUGAAAUCAUUAUUUAUCAGGAGGAGGUUAGAAAGGAAAUAAAAACAUUACCUUCAAUAUAUAAUAAAUCAUGAUAAUGGUAAUGGAAUAUUUAUUUUCAAUAGCUGAACUGAAUGAUUGUUAAUUUCAUUCACCAUUGUUCACUAUUUGUAUUUU